AUGGGGAUGGAUGUGGCGCUGCCGGCCGGCCCCGCCGGUGCGCGAGGCGCAGGACGCGUCUUGGCGGCUCGGCGGUCGUUGGCUGACGCAGCGCCGCCGUCGUCUCACCGCGUACUUGUCGACGUGGACGGCCUGCGGUGCGAGGUGCGCUCCAUGCGCAGCGUGCCGCAUGCGCUGUACAGCACCCCAUCCGUCUCCCACGUCCUUGCCACGUACGUUCAGCAGCUCAUCGACGACUUCACCCACUCCCUGCUGCUCUGCCGGCCCGCCCAGCGGAGCUCCAGCAGCAUCAGCAGCCGCGUCAUCCAGGCGGAAAGUGGCGAUCCGCAGCGACAGCAACAGCUGCAGUCCUCCACGACCACCACACUCUGCGCUGCAGACCUCACGGUGGACGGUGCUCUAUCUUCAGACGACGAGGAAGCGUACCUGCUGUUGCGCCUGUGUCACCCCCACAAGGCAGAGCAGCAGCAGCAGCAGCCGUCGGAGUCCAGCGGUGGUGACGCCUCCGCGAUGCCGGGGGGGCGGCGGAUGGCUGGUGCGAACACAGGGUCUGUCGCAGAGCAGCUGAUUGCACUCUUCGCUGCUGCAGAUCGGGCGUGUUGUCGACAUGGGCCCAGCGGCGGUGCCAGGGAGGAGGACAGUGAGCAGCACGACGCUGCCGUGCUGAUGCCACCGCUGCUGUCCUCCCUCUUGCGGUUUAAGCCGAUGCUGCACGACAUGCGGUACCUGGCGCAGCAUCUUCUUCUGCCGCGGCACGCCUGGCAACAACACCAGCGGGAGUGGGUCAUCGUGUAUGAGGAUGUCGCCGUGACGCUGCGCGACCGCCUCUCUCGCUACCGCCGUGCCGCAAUACGUAGCAGAGGUCGAGAUGGUGAGGCAGCGACCAACGACGAGGAUAGCGCGGAGAACUGGGACGCCGCCAGCAUCCUCACAGACAGGCAGCGACUGUUUCCGGUGUCUGAGCUGCAGCACCUCUGGCACACCCUAUGGGAGCUGCUUGGCGCCGCGUGGCGCCAGCGCGACCGCCUCUGGGGUGCCUACCGCUACCUGCACGGCCCACGCCGUCUACCCCCGCUGUGCCUCAGUGGCCAAGCGCCGUGCGCGGUGCCGCCUGGCGUCCACGCAUGCCCAAUCACGCGCGAGCAUUACGAGGCGUAUAUUGCCCGCGUGCAUGCCUCGGCAGCCUCCCCCUCCCACGCUGUGCCCGAUGUGCCCGCGGCACCGCACGCGGAGGACACCUGCGCCUUCGGCCCCUUCACGAGCGCCGAGAUCGGCAUCUCGGCACGGCGGCUGUACGUGCUGCGGCAGCCGCUAGCAGCGGUGCUGCGGACGCUGCGGGUGUCAGCUCCUCCAGCCGGUCGUGACCCUCUCGUCACCUCCGUCACCGCCCUUGCUGGCUUCCAGAACGUCGACGACCCCGGGCCCAGCGGUCAGGCAAACACGCCGGCGCCGACGACAGACGUGGCAACGCCUCUCAUCGUCCCGCUCUUCGACACCACCGACCAGGACGCGCUGCUGGCUGCGGGAGCGGUACCGUACGUGUCCCCGGAGGUGUACGUGUCGCUGCAGCAAGAGCAGCAGCGACAGCGACGGCGAGGUGCCUCGUGUAGUGCACCGUCGAUGGUCUCGUGGCCGCCCGUGCACUCCUUCUCUGACGACGUGUGGAACGCGGCGGUUAUCGUGCUGGAGGCGGCGCUCAGCGGCUUCUGUGCGACGGAUGCAUCCAUGUGCCACCUCGCUCUGCCAUCCGUUCACGGCAGCGGCGCCGAUCUGUCCGAUCAGCGAACGGAAAUCUCGCGCCCCUCGUCAUCGUCUUCGGUAUACUCGGGGGUGCUGUUGCUGCUGACGGAGCGCCAUGUGCUGCCGAGGGCGGCGGCGCACAACUUUCUAUAUGCAGCGCUGUACCACCUGCAGGCGGCGCUGAGCAAGGGCGGUUGCGAGGAUGCCGACGAUCAUGGCGACGUCGAUGGCGCCAAGGCGCGCCGGCAAGGGAGUGGCAGCGGCGACAGUAGCACCGCUGCCGCCGUACCGUCGCCAACGCGCCUUGCUCGCGAAUGGGUGCGCUACCUCUGCAGCGCCUACGGGCCGGCAUGUCUGAAGGACGGCGGGAUCUUGGCAGAGGUGGCAAGUAAGGGGCUCCGCUGGCGCCGGUCGGAGCGGUGGAACGCGUUCGGGAUGGCCCACGUCACAGCCACCACGGCGAGUACAACGGCCGCCUGUGCGGAUGGCUGGCCAUCCGCCUCGCCGUUCACGCCACUGGAGACGGUUGACGGCGCGGGCGGCAACAGCCGUGCGCCGGCGGGUGCGGCGGAGCAGCGCCGCUCGACUCACGCCGGUGGCGGCCCGUCGUCCCCCACUUACCUGUCGACCCCCGCGCCGCCGCUUGCAGAGCGCCUGAGCGGCAGACAUCACAGCCCUGCGGCGUUCGCCGUGUCCGCCCUUGCGGACACCUCCGUUGGUGUGGACGCACCUGGGGAUGCCGAUGGCGGCAGAGACGCAGCGGCGCUGUCGCGGCUGUCCCAGCGGCUGGAUCGCACCUUCAACGCCCUCGAAACCCCACUCCUGCGCCUGCUGAAUCUCGGGCAUUGCCGCGCAGCGCCUGAAGAAAAAGCAGGCAGCGCUGGUGUAUCGCCCGCGGGACCGAAGCUGAGCAGAGCAGCAGCGGCGACGGUGGACCGCCCCACAUGCGGCGCCGCAGACGACGCCGGCGACUUGUGGGCGGUCCUUUCCCGCUACCUUCGCCGCUGCACGAUGACAGCAGCAGCGACGGGCGCCUCAGCCACAUCUGCAGGGAAGGCAAACGGCGCUGUGGCGGAAGCAGCUGACGCGGACUGCGUUGAUGAGCUGCUGCGACUGCUUUUCUGUUGCCUUGUCCGCACAACGCGGUCCUACCGCGUCCACGAUGGCGCGCGCACCGCCUUCGCUGACGAUGCUGCCGGCAAAGGCGAUGCGCCGGCGGAUGUGGAGUGGUGCCAGUACGCCGCCAUGAAUCACCCAUUCUUUCGCGGCGUCGCCGAGCGCGGCCUGCUGACAACGUGCAUGACGGCUGCCUGCCGCAACGGCAGCGGUGGUGGCGGGGAGUUCAGCGAUUUCGCCUUCGCGACAGCGACUCUACCGGCGCUCAAUCUCUAUGUCCCCGCUGCGGUGCUGCUGGCCACCGUGCGCGAGAUGGAGGCUACGCAGAAGGUGAGCGGCGUCGACGUCUGCCCCGAGCGUGUGGUGAAGCAGGCGACUUCUUUGCGUGCGCUGAUCGGGGACGACAUGCGGACCUGGGAGGCAAGCGCUGCCGCCCGCGGCGGUGUAAGCGGGGGUCGCAUGCAUCAGCAGCCACAGCAGCACCUCCUGCUCGCGAACCCGUUCAUGGACAUGGCAGCAGCGUCGCUGCUGCCACCGCCGGUGUACCGCGCGCGGCGUGCCCUGGAUGGUGUCCUCUCCCCGAUAGACUUCGACCUUGCAGCGCAGCUCGACCACACGCAGCACCUGCGCCGCCUGUUGCACAGCGGCAGCGAUGACGCCGCCGGCGAUAAUCGAGGGCGCGGCGGGGAAGGCGUAGCUGCUGCGCGGAUUCGAGCCUACCUGAAGUCCUCGCUGAUGCCGAACACUGAGCGCGGCACGGACAGCGUCGACGCUCACGUCGUCUACUCGCCCUUCUAUCCGCUUCCUCCGACCCUCCGCGGAGAGGUGUGGGGGUGCCUCCUGCGCGUGCCGCCAUCCGCGCGCACCCGGGAGGCCCUCCUCGCCCACGCGGUCCACCACACCGCCGCCAAGCCGACGCCGCACGACCGGCAGCUCUCGGUCGACAUUCCACGCUGCCACGCGUACCACCCGCUGCUCAACUCCUCGUCUGGAUCUGCGCAGCUCAAGCGCAUCUUGCGGGCGUGGUUGUACCUCCGCCCCGAGCACGCCUACUGGCAAGGGCUCGACAGCGUCUGUGCUGUCCUGCUGACCGUCAGCAACAGGGAUGAGGCGCUCGUGCUGGCGCAGCUCAACGCCCUCGUCAAUCGCUUCAUCGCUCACGACGAGGACCGUAGCACGGUUCCUAGCGGUGGCAGCAGUCUUGGCCUGCCCCGCGCCGGUGCCGUGACGUUGCCGCUGCCGCCGGCCAGGAAGCCGACCAUGGCGGAGCAGCUCCGCUGCCUCGUGGUCAUGCUACGCUACUGCGACCCGCUUCUGGCCCAACACCUCUUCGACGUCCUCGGUUGCACACCGGAGCUGUACGCCAUCAGCUGGCUGCUGACGCUCUUCUCGCACAGCCUGCCGGCACGCAAGGUUUAUCUCCUGUGGGACCUCCUGUUCGUAGAGGACGACGUUGCCUGCCUCGUAGUGCUCUGCGCCGUCGUCAUUAUUUACAGGCGCGAGCUCCUGUUGAGCACGGACUUCUCCGGCUGCCUUGCGUCCUUCAGCAGUGGCGCAUCCGCCAUCAACGUCGCGGCUGCCGUCGGCGACGCGCGGUGGCUGAUGAGGGCUGUGCCGCCGUCGGUGCUAGCGCCGCCGCCGGUGUCGUCGGUCGACGGCAAGGACGCGCAAGAGUCGCUCUAUGGCCGUGGACAUGACGGUGCCGGCGCAGCCAUCGACCGCCCCCUCGACAGCAGCGGCGACGACGGCAACGGUGUCGCCGCGGUGGCGCUCCUCGCCGUCGAGGACGUGGCCGCCGCGCUCGCAGCGUCCGCAACAGCGACCAGUGACGGCGGUGACUGCUGCAGGGAGGAGGGAAGGAGCGGGCCGCACUGGUUCGACAGCGGCGUCUACCUUGUGGAUGUGCGCGAGCAGCCGACGGAGAACGCCCUGCGGGAUUCGGUCCUCGGCGCCAUCAGCGUGCCGCUGUACACAGCGGCGCUUCAGCCUCGCGAGGGAUCUGAUAUGCGCCCCAGUGCCGUCACCGACGAGGUGGGCGACGUUGACAGCGACGCUGCCGGUGCUGGAUGGGGUAUUGUGGAGCAGCAGGAGCGGAUGCAGGAGCAGCAACGGGCGGAGCAGGACGCUGCGGCGCGGCAGGUCGAAGAUGCCGCAGCAGCCAUUGUCCGCCACGUCGGAAACCCGGCCAUGGCUGCCAUCACACCACGAGUGUGGAGAGCCGCCAAGAAUCAUGCUGCACCGCCGCUGCCGCCGCCACAACCGUCGUUGAUAUCGUGUCCGUGGCCUGUGCACCCGAUCGUGCUGAAGGCGUCGCGUGCCCCGCAUGUAGUGCUGCUGACAUCCGGCGUUGUGGAUGCGCACGAGCUGCCGCUCGCCCACCAGCUCGGCGUCAAGCUCAACGCGUGUGGGGUGCACAAUGUCAGCAUACUGCGUGGCGGUGUCGCCAGCGUGCGGCGUGCGCUACCGGAGCUGGUAGUGCGUCGUGCGCCAUCCACGUAG